AUGUAUGCAGCAGCAGGUGGCGCCUCGCUGGCGUCACGCCAGGCCCGCAAGAAGCAGGCGGCGCAGAACACGAAAAACAAGGCCACCAACCAGCAGAUACUGCGGGAGAAGCUCGCGGCGAAGGCUGCCUCGACGCCGACCAAGAGCAAGCCGUUCCAUCAGCUGCCGGCGUCGUACCUGCGGGCGCCCCAUCAGCACCACCGGAAGCUGAGCGCCGGCUACACCAGCAUUCCGGGGUCGGAUCAACCCCAUCAGCAUCCCCGGUUCGGGUUCGGAAGCGAAGCACCGUGUGCGGCAGUGGCCGGCCCAGCCGGAGCUGGAGCAGCUCACGGACAUGGACCGCACUUUGGAGGACAUGGCCAUCACCAUCAUCAUCAUCAUCACGGAGCGGGUGGAGCGGUUCCACAUGGGGCAGCUUGUCACCUACACGGAGGCGCUGGUGGUCUUGGUGGCCAACAUCCAGCCCACGGUGCCUCCUUCCCUCCGCUGCCCAAACCGACCGGGUUCCGCGAGUACGACAAGCUGGUGCGUCGUCAGCAGCUGACAAAGUCCGCCACCGCCACGCUGCCGCUCGUUUCGCAGGCCCAGGCAGACCUAACGCCUCCACAAUCGCCGACACUCGGAGGCUUCGGGGACCUCGCGGCGGCCAGCGGAGACCACCAUCAGCCGAACCAGCAGCUUCACAUUCUGCAGGCGCACAAUCGCGACCAGCAUCAGCAGCAUCAGCAUCCGCAUCCGCACGGGUUUCACGUGCACUACUCGCACCAGCAGCUGGCGGCGGGUGGCCCGGGCCAGAAAGGGCCGCACCACCACCGGGAGGACGACGAGCUGGAGCCGCAGCAGCAGCAGCUCACGCAACCUCUCACACUGCAGAUACCGGACGAUCCGAUCAUUAUCACACCGGCGACGCCGCAAGCAACGCCACCGGCCGGGCGGCUCGGGCUGAAACCGCUGGCGCUGACGGACGACGAGGAGGCGCUCCCACUCACCAGCCCCACGCCCGGCACCCUCGAGCGGAAGUGCAGCGUCUAUCGGGGCCGGAAGCUCGAUCCGUACGAGGAGCACUUCUACAACACGACGACAAUAAGCAACGCCGCCGGACACCAGGGGUACCAUCCUGACGACGUCUUCUUCCCGCCCGUGCCGAACGGUGGUGGUGGUGGGGGCGGUGGGCAUUCGACCACGACCACCACGCCCGGCCACGCGCAGACCAAGUGGGACGACUACUACUGCUGCGAGUGCGAACAUCGCCAGUACGGCGUCUGUACCUGUGAUCAGUUCGAGUGUGCCCAGGGUCGUGCAGCAUGGCUAGAGAGAGGAAGACGUUGCAGCGUGCAGGAAACACCCGCCUCCUGCCAUCGGCGAUGGGUCAAACGGAAUCGGAUACAAGACUCAUCGUUAGGCGGAUCCUCGGACGAUGAAGACCUACUCGGCGUACUCAGAGGACCCAGUUCAUUCGCCAAUGCCUUCCUAUACGUAGGUUUAGGUACCAUAGCAAUUGGUUUAGUGAUAGCAUUCGUCGGUACCGGCGAGAAAGGAUUCAAGACGGUUGAACUAAGACUAAUCGGGCCAUCGUUAAUUGGUCUCGGCUUAAUUUGUUGUAUAUUACGUAUCCUAUUUUGUAUAUGCCCAUCCCAUUGUAUAUCAUCUAGUCGUAGAGCGCGAGAUAAGAAAAACGCCAAGAUAGACGCAGAUCAUAGAACUUCCCUGUUGCGAGGUGACAGUAAACGAGUAUCGAUAGCACGCGGACCUCAUAUACCGACAAAACAGCCUCAGAUUUAUCCAAAAUCCAUCGUCAAAACCAAAACCUACGAGGGUGUGGAGGCCUUGCGGCAAAUUGCGACCACGUCACUGUUUCUGCAAAACGAGCAGAAGGUGUCUUCGAACCGAAUCGUUCCUAUCAUUAAAGAGCCGGAGAAAUUAGAAGAGCCACCUUUAGAGCUGAAAAAGAUUGACUCCCGGCGGGAUGAGGCAGCUAUCGUUAGUAUAUCGGAUGGAGAGGACGACUCGCACCGGCACCGAGCGGCUGGUCAACAAUCAUCAUCCGGUGCGGCUCGGUCGGACAUGCAGGUGAUAGAUCUGGCGGGCGAAGAUCCGGACGACGAGCAUUCACCCAGCAGCGGAUCGAGCCACCAGCGAAAGGACAGCAAGCUACGCCGUCAGCGGACAUCGGUCCACCAGCAGAAACCGGCGCGUGAGCUGCAGACUUCGGCGUACGGAAGUGGCGGUGCGGUGCCCAGUGAACACUGCUCCAACAUCCAGAUGGAGACGUCGCUCAUGGUCAUCGGUCCGACGCCACUCAGUUCGCCAACGAAGACGAUGCAGCAGGCCGGCGGUUCCUCCUCACUCACGGUACCGAUGCCCGCGAACGGCGGGUCCACCCUGCUAGGAUCCGCCCAUAGUAGUAGCAAUAGUGCCGGCGGUAGUAGUCAUAGUAAACCGGUCACCUCGCAGCCCGGAACGAGCGCCUCUGGUGGAAACUUGCUAACACUGCCACCCCAAACCAGCUCGAUGGCCGGCGGUGUGAUAGGACCGGUAUCGGUAAGCUUCGUCGGUAGUACGCCGCUGCCCGGGCAACUGUCGCCACUGCCGUCGACCUCGUACCCAGUGUACCGGGCGUCUGCCGGCUCGAUACCGGAUGCUUCCUCGCCGCACUACAACAGCAACAGCAGCAGCAGCAGUAGCAACUACAUCUUCUCGCCACCGCCUUUCACGCAGCAAGAUCCAAUCACCCUAGGAACCAGCACGAUCAGCACGGUGGCGCCCGCGCCGCUGCUGCAUGCGUCUACCGUGCACACUACCAAAACCGAACCGGAGCUAGUGUUAAGUCCAGCGAAGUUAGGACAGUAGAUUACGAGCAGAUCCUUUGCUACUACUAGAUAUAACCAUCCCAUCCAUAGGACAUAUUACCUUGUAGAUGAAUCACGCGCCACACCCAAUGGACAGCCUCCAUUUGGUUACGAGGCCAGAACACCGAUACCGUGUCUUCGAACGCUAUCACUACCCAAGGCUGUAUGAUCUGCUAGGAAGUGGCAAGGGAGAAGCUGGCGUUUUCCUUUCCACCCGCCUGAAAAUUCACAAUCCAGUCGAACAUUUUUCGGCCAGCAAAACAUUCCCAGCAAACGUCUGAUGUCGCAAUAGAUAAUGAUAACAGGUUUAUUUUCUCGUUUUUGCCUAUGGCUUCCCUCUCGUUACCUCUGUGCAGAUCACUAAUGCUGCUCUAAGCCAACCUAACGAACCAACCGCAUUUAAACAGACAGUUUAAAGCAAAACGGGAUCCGGGAUGGAUCCGAAAUGGAGAAACUAGUAACGGAAACGCAAACGCAAACGCAACGCUCCUUUUCGUGCAUUUGAGCUCGGUGAUGUCUAUUGGUUUUACGCUUCGAUAGCUUUUGAAGUAUUCUUCAUUCCCAUGGCUUCUUGCUGAGACAUUCACAAGGAAAAACAACGUAAUAAAAAAAAACCAUUGUCUAGUGUCUAGCUCUACAUAUCGUCAACAGAUUGUGUAAGGAAAUGUAUAGGAAAGAAUAUAUAUAUUUUUAAUGUGUAAAUUGAGCCACUUCUCUCGGAACAGCCUUCUGCAGGCAAAGGAUUGUAUGAACGAAUAGGUAUUUGCUAUUUUGCUAUUACCUUGAAUUACCGUACAAGCUAUUUAAUCGCGUUGUGUAGGAAAUGACCCUGCAAUCACGAGCCGCAACGUACCACAGGGGGUGGUACUCUUGAGAAACCAGUACAGCGUCGCACGUGGACUUGCAUGGAACUAAGAUACAUUCACUUGAGAAACAAAAUUGAGAUACUUCCAGGACGUUUAGUACUUACUGUGGCAACAAAAUUACUACUUUAUAUACUUUCUAUUUCCCAUCGAAGGUACCGUUUUUGUCAUUUCAAGUAGACACACAUCCUUGCCAAACAUCCCGAACUCAACGGAAAAAAACCAAUGAAAACUCCCUGCUAUUCACCUGCGUCUGUUUUAUGUCUAUUAGCAGAGAUGGUAUGAAAUAGAACAAAUAACACAAACAUUGCCGAUCAACCGAGAGAACACAGGAGAACAACAACAAAAUACACUUAUCGUAUGCGAAAUGCGCCUGUACAUUUUCAUUUUGCUAUAUAACCUAACGUACCCGUUAUGUUCAGAUGCACAAUAGAAGAUGUUUAAAAAUUUGUUAAAGCAAUUUCAAAGAAUUUAUCAUAAAAAGCCUAGCAAAGGGUGAGGUAUUAUCUAUGUAUUGUUAACUAAGUUUAGUAAUUGUUUAUUGAAAUCAUGCUACAACAAAGUAUUCGUGCAAUUAAACGCAUUGUUGAAAACUAAAGCACCAAUCAAUAAAAACGCGGACCUGUUGAGUAAAGCAGAGAAUUUAAAUAAAUUUCAAAUACUACACAUACUUCAAACAUCGUAAUUUCAAUACGUUUCUAUCUGAAUUGCUACCUAGACCAAUUGCGAUGAAGAUCGACAUUUUUGGAAUAUAGGUCUUCAUAUCUAAACUCGUUUUUACUUGGUGGGUGCAAUAAAUCUGUGAAAAGUCACCAUAAAGUAUCACUGUUGGUAGUAUAAUUUAAAAUUUAACGAUUUUUCAGUAUAUGGCAGAGUUUAAAUUUAGUUGUUUUACUAUGGAUGGGCUAGAGAAACAAGAAAAGAAGUCGUACUGAACAACACAUACAUACAACAAGGAACAGCAACUAAUCAACCAAAUGUCCCGUACCAUGUAAAUAGGCCAUUGCUUCCAAGCUGAAUCAUAAAUAAAUAUGGCAAAUUGAUUUAUAUGCUUAAACAAAACAACAAAUCAAAAAAGGUAACAAAUUGCAAAAAAAUAUACUACACAAAAGUAGGAUCCAUUCGACCACAUGAGCAGAAAAAAUCAACGUUCAACUAACUAUGAUUUCCGUUGGGCUGCUUCACACUUGUUUUAGGAUUAAGCAAUACGAACUACAGCAUUGGGCUGUUUGCGAGAUCCUUAUAAAAUGUACCACGUAAGAACGUUGUGCAUAACAUGGCAAAUAUAAAAACACAUCAACAAGGAAAAAGAACAUGAGCCAUCUAAAGUUACUAUUAAGUUCCGGAAGAAUGUCCCCAGUUUGCUUGAAAGAUCCGAUAGAUAUGAACUGAAAUCGAUUCUGUUGCUGAGUGUUGAGAGCACGAGAGUAUCUUUACAUCUCUAUUAAGCCGUACCCCGAAAACAACUGCAAUGCGCGAUUAACGUUACUAACAAAAAAAAAGUUAAUGUCGUGCGCUCUAUCCACGAUUAACUCGUCGACUAAGCAAAUUCGCAAAAUAAAUGCUGAGAAACAUGCAAGAAACUUGUCGUAUUGCUGUGUCGUUCCCAUUUUCCCAACUAACACAGGACGCAUGGCAAAAGGCGCCCUUUAAAAGCGGGAAUCUACCAUUAUGGAGAGCAAUCUUAAUCAUCUGAACAAGCAUCAGAAGGCAAAGUGCUUAAAUAGUGGUCAUACACACUUCAGCAACUGCAUCCCAGUAAGCAAACCAUGGCCAUGAAUAGUAAAGUAAACUAAUGCUACCAAGAAACUGAACUGAAAAAUGUUGGCGAAAUUUUACAGCAGCAAAAAUUAAACGUGUAGACAAGAGACAAGAAAAGGAAACAAAAACAUUACAUGAAAAACGUUAAUAGAGCGAAUAAAUAUGGCGGGUGGGUGAGCGAAAGAA